AUGGUGAAUUCGUUUUCAGUAACAUUUCAUGGUUGGUUCGUAGCAAUUAUUAAUACAUAUGGAUUUCAAUUUUUACAAACGACUUUAUUUAUUUUUCAUGGUUCAGUUGUUAAACUACCGCAUCAAAUACCGAGAAGGAUUUCAUCUUAUGUUGAUAUUGUAAGAAAAUUAUGGAAACCUCGUCGAAUGAUCAAUUUUUCAGAUAUGAUUUCAUUAUGGUCUCAACAUCGAUUUCAUGUUGAUUGGAUUUUAUAUACGAAAUUCACUUCAUGGAAAUGA